AUGAGCACUCCCGACGGAAGUAGGGAGGCUUCCGGCCCCCAGACUCUUUCCGCUCCGCCAGCAAGCAACUCAGCGGCGUCUCCCAGGUCCGCGUCCCUUACCGCUGCAGACUUGCAGGCUGCGUACACUCUCGGGCAGCAGCACGAGAGUGAACUGACUCAAGAGCUUCUCUUGGAGCAGCCCGUGGUUGUGGGGAUCGGCGUCAUUUGGCGUGCAGGCCUCUGCUGUCUUCUGCGCCCGUCGAAUGUGAUUGGAAAGCUCAAGACCCUCGACGCGUUUGACUACAAAGUUUAUUGCGCCAUAGAACAAGCUGGGACGACAGGUGUAUGGACAGCGGACUUGCGGAAGAGCACCGGGCUUCAGACUCACAUUAUACAGCGCAGCGUGAAACAGCUGUGUGACUUCCUCAAGCUCAUCAAGCCGGUCAAAAGCAUACACGUCAAAAACAGGAAAAUGUACAUUCUCGCUCACCUCGAGCCGGCGAAAGAGAUCGCCGGCGGAUCGUUCUACAGCAACGGCGAGUUCAAUGAACACCUCGUCGAGCAUCUUCGCGAGCAGACUCGGACCUUUCUUCAGAAUGCCGGAACUGCCUCGUUCCAGGCACUGGCCGCUUACACGCGAAGCAGCGGCGAACGCAACGGUGCGACUUUUAGUGACGAGGAUUUGGAGAAAGUUCUGAACAGCCUGGAAUUCGAGCAGAAGAUCUGCCGAGUCCCGACACUUGGGCAACCGACCUUUGUGUGGAGCAAGUUCCCUGCUCUCUACGACCCGUCGGGCUUACCGUGUAGUACGUGCCCUGUGAAAAGUUCGUGCUAUAGUCGGGAGGAGAACAAGAUCUCUCCGGCUAACUGCGAGUAUCUGUCGUCUUGGCUGGGGCUAGAUUUCGAGGUCGACGCAACGUCCGAAGCAGAGGAAGCCUCGGCAGCAGACCCAUAG